AUCCAGCGCCGUUCCCAGCUGCCAUCGGAGCCGCCCGGGUGACUCAGCAGCAGCAGCAGCCGUGCUGAAAAGCAUCCCUUAUUUAUCCAAACGCCCGCUCGCCGCUCGGCUGAGCAUCUCCCGCAGCCAUGCUGCCGCUGGGCAGGGAGGAGGAGAGCGGUACCCGCCACCCCCCGGCCCCAACUGGGCUCCCCAGGCCAUGGCUUUGACUACCUGGGCUCUGGGCUCGGGGCUGCGGCUCUGGGACGCCGGCCCUGCCUGCUCCUGGGAGAUGCUGCACGUGGCCGGAGCAGGUGUGUGUGGCUGCUGCGGCGCCCUGCGUCCUCGCUACAAAAGACUUGUCGACAACAUCUUCCCCGAGGACCCAGAGGAUGGGCUGGUGAAGACCAACAUGGAGAAGCUGACAUUUUACGCCCUGUCUGCCCCAGAGAAGCUGGAUCGCAUCGGAGCCUACCUCUCCGAGCGGCUCAUCCGAGACGUGAGCCGGCACCGCUAUGGGUACGUCUGUAUCGCCAUGGAGGCCCUGGACCAGCUCCUCAUGGCCUGCCACUGCCAGAGCAUCAACCUCUUUGUGGAGAGCUUCCUGAAGAUGGUGGCAAAGCUGCUGGAGUCGGAGAAGCCCAACCUGCAGAUCCUGGGGACCAACUCGUUCGUGAAGUUCGCCAACAUCGAGGAGGACACCCCCUCUUACCACCGCAGCUACGACUUCUUCGUCUCCCGCUUCAGCGAGAUGUGCCACUCCAGCCACGAUGACCUGGACAUCAGGACCAAGAUCCGCAUGUCUGGCAUUAAAGGCCUGCAAGGGGUGGUGAGGAAGACGGUGAAUGACGAGCUCCAGGCCAACAUCUGGGACCCACAGCACAUGGACAAAAUCGUGCCCUCCCUGCUCUUCAACCUGCAGCACGUGGAGGAGACCGAGAGCCGCUCCCCCUCCCCACUCCAAGCCACGGAGAAGGAGAAGGAGAGUCCCACGGAGCUGGCGGAGCGGUGCCUGCGGGAGCUGCUGGGCCGAGCGGCCUACGGCAACAUCAAGAACGCCAUCAAACCCGUCCUCAUCCACCUGGAUAACCACUCACUCUGGGAGCCCAAGAUCUUUGCCACCUGCUGCUUCAGGAUCAUCAUGUACUCCAUCCAGCCGCAGCAUUCCCAUCUGGUGAUCCAGCAGCUCCUGGGGCACCUGGAUGCCAACAGCAAGAGCGCGGCCACCGUGCGUGCGGGCAUCGUGGAGGUCCUCUCGGAGGCGGCGGUGAUCGCAGCCUCCGGAUCUGUUGGCCCCACGGUGCUGGAGGUGUUUAACACCCUCCUGAGGCAGCUGCGCCUCAGCAUCGACUACGCGCUGACGGGCAGCUACGACGGCGGCGGCGGCACCAAGAUCAUCAAGGAGCACGAGGAGAGGAUGUUCCAGGAGGCCGUCAUCAAAACCAUAGGGUCCUUUGCCAGCACUCUGCCCACCUACCAGCAGUCUGAGGUGAUGGUCUUCAUCAUGAACAAGGUGCCGCUGCCGUCCUCGCAGCAGCCCAUCGAGGCUGGCAAAGCUGGGGAGAACCGGAAUCGGCUGACACAGAUCAUGCUCCUCAAGUCCCUUCUCCAGGUCUCUGUGGGCUUCCAGUGCAGUAACAUGCUCACGGCGCUUCCCAGCGCCUUCCUGGACAGGCUGCUCUCUGCAGCCCUCAUGGAGGAUGCUGAGAUCCGCCUCUUCGUCCUCGAGAUCCUCAUCAGCUUCAUCGAUCGCCACGGGAACCGGCAGAAGUUCUCCCCCAUCAGCACCGUCAGCGACAUCUCCAUCCUGAAGCUGAAAGUGGAGAAAUGCUCACGCCAGGAUACUGUCUUCAUGAAGAAGCAUGGCCAGCAGCUCUACCGGCACAUCUACCUGAUAUGCAAGGAGGAGAGCAACGUGCAGGCUCACUACGAGGCGCUCUACAGCAUGCUGAUGCUCAUCAGCAUUGAGCUGGCUAACGAGGAGGUCAUGGUGGACCUCAUCCGCCUGGUGCUGGCAGUGCAGGAGAUCGCCCAGAUCAACGAGGAUAACUUGACGGCGUACAACCGCUGCGCCCUCUUCGCCCUCGGUGCAGCUUACCUGAACCUCAUCAGCCAGCUCACCACCGUGCCAACCUUCUGCCAGCACAUCCACGAGGUCAUCCAGAUGCGGCAGAAGGAAGCUCCUUACCUGCUCCCUGAAGAUGUCUUUGUGGAGAACCCCAGGUUGAGCAAGAGUCUUGAUCGCCUCGGCCCGGAGGUCUUCUUCUGGCAGAGCAAGAUCAGUGAGGUGCUGGGUGGCAGUGGCUACAACUCGGACCGGCUCAGCACGCCCUACAUCCCCCAGCUGACAGAUGAAGAUCGCUUGUCCAAGAGGAAGAGCAUUGGUGAGACCAUUUCCCUUCAGGUCGAGGUGGAGUCAAGGAACAGUCCUGAGCGAGAGCAGAGAGCACCAGCAGAAGAGAUCACGUACGAGACGCUGAAGAAGGCGAUAGUAGACAGCGUCGCCGUGGAGGAGCAGGAGCGGGAACGGAGGCGGCAAGUGGUGGAGAAAUUCCAGAAAGCCCCGUUCGAGGAGAUCGCUGCCCACUGCGGGGCCCGGGCCACGCUGCUGCAGAGCAAGCUCAACCAGAUCUUCGAGAUCACCAUACGGCCACCACCGAGUCCCUCCGGCACCAUCACGGCCGCCUAUGGCCAGCCCCAAAACCACUCCAUCCCGGUGUACGAGAUGAAGUUCCCGGACCUGUGUGUCUACUGAAAGUGGUGGUGGCCAGGCAGAGCCACCACUGUGCAGCUCGCACCAACGGACCCCUCGGGGAGAGACGGUGGACCUUCUGGGGAGCACAUCCUCGUGCUGGACGGGUGGGGACACGGACACUGAGGCCACCCCAAGAUUCGUUGGUGCCAUCAAACCCGUCUCCCGUACUUUAUUUUGUGACUUUCUGCCUCCGUGGCCACGGAUGGUGGUGCCAGGAGGCUCCGGGGGACGCGGGGGGAGUUGCUGUGACCUCCCUCUCCUGUUUCUUAGAUGUUUCUUGGAGAGGGGAGAGGAGAGACGCUCCGACAAGAGCUCCUUGGGCAUGUACAUCUUCCCAGCAUAAAACAACCCCCUUCCCUGGGGGAAUCCCUCCCCA